GUCCAUGCGAAGAUGUAUUGAGUGAACUAGAAAAGAAUGUGUCUACGGGGAGGAUGUGAUGGCGCAAGGAAAACUAAGUGAGGAAGGCCUUCACCACAUCCGGUACACCCUGCGCCGUCAUCUCCCCGACAUGUCCGACAUGGAGUUUAAGAACUUCUACUGGAAGCCAUCCCUCUGUGCAAUGCAGAGGGCUUGUGGACGAGCAAAGAAGAAAGGAAAUGGCAGCCAGCAGAGAAGUGGACAGUGAACUUUUUAGCUACAUAGACAGUGAACUUUUUAUAGCUACGUACAUACGCACCACGUAUGUUAACAUGCA